AAUGAAUGUUACGUAUAAUAUAUAUAAUGCGCGCAUAUGCGUGAAACGGAACGCACCCGAAAGGUUGUAAUACAACUCGAUGUCAGGUUAACUGUGGCUCUUACAAUUUUUUUCGAAUAGCAUAAUUCAAUAAUGACUAAAGCGGUUUUCAGGGUAAUAUAAUUCAAUAAUGGAUUCUAAAUGAGAUUAUAAAAAGGAAAGAAUUAGUAGUUUCAAGAAUGGUUAUGCAGCUGAUGCAACAAAAGCGCGAAAGAUGAAAAGUAUAUAAUCGAAAAGAACAAGUCGUGGCCUUUUUAUUGAUUAUUCGACGGUUAUCUCUUCGACAGAUAAGAACGAGAUCUGUCAGGAUAAAUACGGUUUAACCAAGUGCAAUUAGUAACUUGUGAAAAUUUGAGACCUGAAUAAUAUACACUAUCGCAAUGAGCCAGAACGAUUAUAUAGUGAAAACUGUUCUCCAUGUUGGAACAAAAGUCAUUAACUUUACACCAGGCACAAAGGUUGUGUUUCAUUUUAAAACUACAAAGUGCGACUUUGACAGAACUGUCAUAGAUGAUAGCAAGAUAAUGGGAAAUCCAAUGGAGCUGGUAUUAGGAAAGAAAUUUAAGUUGGAAGUCUGGGAGGCGAUCAUACAACAAAUGGCACUGAACGAAGUGGCUCAUUUCAAAGUACACAAGAGCCUAGUGACUACAUACCCUUUUGUGUCUAAGACGCUAAGGGAAGCUGGUAAGCCACAGUCGGAGAAGCGAAGUCAUCACUGCUGUGGCGUUACUCUGCAGAAUGAAGGCAUCGGCUAUGCCGAUCUGAACGAACUUAUCAGAAAUCCUCAAGAUCUGGAAUUUACGAUAGAUAGGACAAAAAUACUCUCCAAGAUGAAGUUAGUAUUCAAGAAUGUAGAUAGAGAUGGGAAAGGGAGUGUGGGUCUUGUUCCUGAGAACACAGAAGAUAUGUGGCACGCUUAUAAUCUCAUUAGCGAAGGAGAUUCUGUGAGCUGUUCGACUUUCAGAAAGGUGCAAAUGGAAUCUGCAACUGGUAGCUCCAACAGUUAUAGAGUUAGAACUGUUCUAACAAUAAGUGUAGAAAAUAUUGAUUUUGAUACACAGGCAUGUGUACUGAGACUUAAAGGCAGAAAUAUGGAGGAAAAUAAAUAUGUUAAGACCGGAGCAUAUCACACGUUGGAUGUUGAGCAGAAUCGAAAAUUUACUAUUACUAAGGCUAACUGGGACUCGAUCUCGUUAGAAAGAGUCGACACCGCAUGCGAUCCUGCACAGAAUGCUGAUGUGGCCGCUGCAAUUAUGCAAGAAGGCAUAGCACACAUUUGUUUAAUAACUUCCAAUAUGACCAUAGUUCGUGCAAAAAUCGAUCAAGUUAUACCUAGGAAAAGGAAAGGGAAUGUCUCGCAGCAUGAAAAGGGCUUGGCACGGUUUUACGAAAGCGUUAUGCAAGGCAUAUUGAGACACAUCAAUUUUGAUCUAGUGAAAUGUGUUAUCCUAGCCAGCCCCGGUUUCGUGAAAGAUCAGUUUCUGGAUUACAUGGUGCAACAAGCCGUUAAAUCCGAUAAUAAAGUUAUCUUAGAGAAUAAAAGUAAAUUCUUGCUAGUUCACGCUAGUUCUGGUUUUAAGCAUUCUCUGAAAGAGGUUCUGGCUGAUCCUGCCGUGGUAUCGCGCAUCUCGGAUACCAAAGCUGCGGGAGAAGUAAGGGCUCUAGAGGCAUUUUAUACUACUCUGCAGACGGAUCCUGCUAGAGCGUUUUACGGCAAGAAACACGUGCAGAGUGCAACUGCUGCUCAAGCGGUGGAAACCUUGCUCAUAUCUGACAAAUUAUUCAGAUGUCAAGAUAUCGCACUGAGAAAGGAAUACGUCGAGAUAGUGGAAAAUAUCAAGGAUUCUGGUGGUGAUGUCAAAUUAUUUUCGAGUCUGCACGUCUCAGGUGAACAAUUAGACCAACUGACUGGCAUAGCGGCUUUGUUACGUUUCCCCAUGCCUGAGCUGGAAGAUGAGAGCGAUGAUGAUAGCGAUACAGGAGAGGAGUAAGAAAUGCUAGAUAAUACACUAAUAAUUUUGUAUAUACUCGUGCUGUGUGCGCACUCAAAAUAUCAUAUUAAUAAUAAAAAGAAGAAAUAAAUUUGCCUUGAUUUCGCAAAUGCAA